AAAGGUCUCUCACACACAGUCCUUUUUCCAAGUCUCUGUAUGCUGUCACUGCACAAGGAGCAGGGCACGCAGCUGCAGCACCAUAUAAAUGAUAGCCCUGCCUUGCUUCCUCUCGUAUCUUUGGCCAGUCACAUUGGAGAAAAAAAAAAGCUUCUUUCGUCUCAGGGUCUCCUUUGUUCUUGAGAGCUUCAUCAUCUUGCUGUUGAGAGUUUGCAAUGGGGGGCACCUUGGAGUACCUGUCUGGGCUGCUGGGUGGCAGCAGUGGAGGCCAUGGCCGGAGCCAGAGGAAGAAGAGGAGGCAGCUGCAGACGGUGGAGCUCAAGGUCAGGAUGGACUGCGAGGGCUGCGAGCUCAAGGUCAAGAAUGCACUCUCCUCCUUGAAAGGUGUCCAAUCAGUGGACAUAAACAGGAAGCAGCAGAAGGUGACGGUGACAGGCUACGCGGAGGCGAGCAAGGUGCUGAAGAAGGCGCAGUCCACGGGGAAGAAGGCCGAGAUAUGGCCGUACGUGCCCUACAGCCUCGUCAGCCAGCCCUACGUCGCCGGCACCUAUGACAGGCGGGCCCCGCCGGGCUACGUCCGGAGCGUGGACCCCGGCUACGGCUACGUGUCCAGCCAGGUCAGCAGGCAGGACGACCAGCUGGCCGACAUGUUCAACGACGAGAACGCCAACUCCUGCUCUGUCAUGUGAAAGAGGAAGGGAAAAAAAAAAGAACAGAUGCAGGUGUUUCUGAAAGUGCCCUGCUGACGAUGCCUGCAAGUUGAUCGAUCUUCCCUGGUAGUAUGAGUGUUGAUUAGGAUCUGAAGUGUUGAGGCUUUUGAUUUGAUUAGCUGCUUGUAGUGAGCUAAAGUUUUCUUUGCUGUACUGGGUACAUCUUGGCUUGUAGUUUUGCCAUUGCAGUGAAACUUAAACUCUUUCCGGUGUGUGCAAUCUGAAUCCUGAGCACAAAUCCUAUAUACCUAUAUUGCCCA